AUGGCGUCUGCAGGCCUCCAGAUGUUUGGCAUCUUUCUGGCGACCAUUGGCUUCCUGGGUGACAUCAUCGUGUGUGCGCUGCCCAUGUGGAAGGUGUCCGCGUUCAUUGGCAACAACAUUGUGACGGCGCAGGUCUUCUGGGAGGGUCUGUGGAUGAACUGUGUGAAGCAGAGCACGGGCCAGAUGCAGUGUAAGGUCUACGACUCCAUGCUGGCACUGCCUCAGGACCUGCAGGCAGCCCGCGCCCUUGUGGUCAUCUCCAUCCUGUUGGUCCUCAUGGGCCUCCUGCUGGCUGCCGCUGGGGGCAAGUGCACCAACUGCAUAGAGGACGAGUUGGCCAAGAGCCGUGUAGCCGUCGCCGCAGGUGUCUUCUGCGUGGCGGGUGGCAUUCUGUGCCUCAUCCCUGUGUCCUGGUCCGCCCAUGUGGUCAUCCGCAACUUCUACAACCCGAUCAUGAGCGACGCACAGAGACGUGAGCUUGGCGCCGCACUCUUCAUCGGCUGGGGGGCUGCCGGCCUGAUGAUCAUCGGGGGUGCGCUGCUGUGCUGCCAGUGUCACAGUCGCAAGGACAGCAGAUACUCUGUGAAAUACUCAGCACCGCGUUCUGCCGCCAGUGGAGGCGCGUAUGUUUGA